CACCGUGGAGUCAUCCUGUUUAAGUGCCUUUACAAUCAAGCAAAAGGUGAGGGAUCAAGGAUCAUCAUUUGGAGGAAUUACUCUUUGUUAAGUCUUGAUCUGGAGGACUUAUUCUUAGACUCUGGACAUCUAAUCUCAGCUGUCGCACUUGAGUAGUGAGAUAUUGGAACAUCUACAGUAGAAGCUCCAGGACAAGAAGGAACUACCUUGCCACGUUUUAAAGCUUUGCAUCCAUGCAACCAUCCUUUUUUUCCCCAAAUGCUUCCUCCUACCUGGGCCCACAAGGGGAGCCCCCUCUGUCACGCACUGGCUUCAUCAUUCUCUCCAUCAUUAUGGCCAUUUUCACUGGUCCAGCCAUCAUACUUAACGCUACAGUGAUCAUUGUGACCCUCAUGUACAAGCAGCUGAGGCAGCCGCUCAACUACGCUCUGGUGAACAUGGCUGUGGCUGACCUGGGCACAGCCAUGACAGGAGGGGUGCUGUCUGUGGUCAACAAUGCCCAGGGGUACUUCUCCAUGGGAAGAACAGGCUGCGUGAUGGAGGGCUUUGCAGUGUCCUUGUUUGGCAUCACAUCUCUGUGCACGGUUGCUCUGAUCGCAGUGGAGAGGAUGUUUGUUGUAUGUAAGCCAUUGGGGCAGAUAACCUUCCAAAAAAAGCAUGCGGUUGGAGGUAUUGCCUUUUCCUGGCUGUGGUCCCUCACAUGGAACUUACCACCCCUGUUUGGCUGGGGCAGGUAUGAGAUGGAGGGUGUCGGGACGUCCUGUGCACCAGACUGGCACAACCGAGACCCUCAUAACGUCUCCUACAUCCUGGCUUACUUUGCAGUGUGCUUUGCUGCUCCAUUUGCCCUUAUCAUGGCAUCCUACACAAAGCUAAUGUGGACAUUACACCAGGUAUCAAAGAUGGCCUGUGUGGAAGGUGGUGCAGUAGCUAAAGGAGAGAUGAAGGUGGCGUCCAUGGUGGUCCUGAUGGUCCUGAUAUUUCUGAUCAGUUGGUUGCCUUAUGCCAGCCUGGCCAUGCUUGUGGUCUGCAACCCUGGUGUGGAGAUUAAUCCGCUGGUAGGCACAGUGCCAGUUUACCUGGCCAAGAGCAGCACUGUGUACAAUCCUAUCAUCUACAUCUACCUCAACAAACAGUUUCGUAAAUAUGCAGUGCCCUUCCUGCUGUGUGGGAAAGAGCCCUCGCUGGACGACCAGGCAUCAGAGACGGCAACGACUGUGGAGAUUUCAACCAACAAAGUGUCUCCUGCCUGAAAUGCACACACACCUGCAACUAUCCAUUAAAAAGAUUUUUGGCUGAAAUAUAAUGUAAUAUAAUAUAAUAAUUCAGUUUACACAUCCUUUUUUUAAAUCCCUGGCUACACAGACAUCAGUGAAGCUAUGACUACAAUGUUUGAAUGUUUGUGUUUUUUAAACUGUGAGAUGUAUUGUGAUUUUAUAGUAGAUAUGAAGAUUUCUUUAAUGUUAUGGGUAAAGACUUAGUGGUGGUGAAAACAGUA